AUGUCUACGUCAACCUGCAACCUAUAUCGUAUCGAUCACACUGUAGAGGUGACCACGCCUACGGGAUCACAGAUGGGACUUGCGCCACGCACGGUCGUCGUCACCCAUCCGGCAUCCGGUGGGGUGGACAUGGAGCUGCGGCGGGGUGGGAGGACAAACAUAGAUGAUGUAUGGCGACACGCGAUGCCAUUGGGAAGCAAGGAAGGUUUAGAUACACGUAUUCGGCGGCGGAACCUGGGCCGCGGGGGUUCCUCAAGACUCAAACUGGCAUCAUCCUGGGCAAAAGGGCUGUUGAGUGGGACUGUCGACGGGAUCGUGGGUGAUCCACAAGUGGGCUCAGUUUUGGAGGGAGGGGUCGGCGAGGUGUCGGGCGUGUUUGGAAAACGUGAUCGUGAUCGGAUGUCUUGCUACGUAGUCCUCUGCGGGCGAGAUGUAAAAUCCCUGGAACCGGAUGUUUAG